UUAGUUUUUGUUCUGGGCUCCAUUUUCAGACACCGCAGGAAAAAACACAAGAGAAGAUGCAACAAUAACGGAGUGAACAUUUGCAGUAUCUGAGUUGAGAACUACGAAGGAUAGCGGUGAAUCUGCCCCUCUUCUUCCUCCUCCGUCGGCGUGUUGGUCAACAAAUCAGCAGAAGGACAAAGGAAUCACAGCAACUGCAGUAGUCAAACUCUUCUGUGGUUCCAACAAGAAAUGAAGACUAACAUGAAAAAGAAGUAUCAAAUCCUGUGUGAAGGAAAUAGACCGCAUGUAAACCAAACUCUAUUAAAGGACAUCUACACAGAGCUCUACAUCACGAAGGAUGAAAGUAAAGGAGUUCAUGAAGAACAUGAGGUCAGACAGAUCGAGAAUACGUCCAAGAGACAAACAAGACCAGAGACACCAAUCACUUGCAAUGACAUCUUCAAGCCAAUAAAACAACAUCAGAAGCAUAAUGGGAGCCCGGCUCUGUUGAUCAGAAAACCAACAUCUACAUCAUUGAACCAUGAAGACAUGUUCCCAGAAAGGACUAGCUCAUCACAAGAGUAUGAGUCAGAAUCACCUCUGGUAGAUUUACAUGGUCACAACAAACAUUUGAAAAGGAAAGGUUUGAGAAACUUGACUAAAGGAAUAGCUGGGAUCGGAAAAACAGUCUGUGUGCAGAAGGUCAUCCUUGACUGGGCAGAGGGAAAAGUGAAUCAGGACAUUCAUUUUAUAUUUCCUCUUCCGUUUCGUGAUUUAAACAUGAAAAAGGACCAAUGUAGUCUAAUGCAACUUCUUACCCACUACUUCCCAGAGCUAAAAGAGAUUGAUAGUAUUGAAGAUGGUUUAACCAAAACCAUUUUUAUUUUUGAUGGUCUGGAUGAGUGUCGACUUCCUCUAGACUUUAAAAACAAUAAGAAGUGCUGUGAUGUCACAGAACCAACCUCAGUGGACGUGUUGCUGACAAACCUUAUCGAGGGGAAUCUGCUUCCCUCUGCUCUCCUCUGGAUAACCACACGACCUGCAGCAGCCAAUCGGAUCCCUCCUGAAUGUGUUGACCAAGUAACAGAGAUACGAGGGUUCAAUGAGCCACAGAAAGAGGAGUACUUCAGGAAGAAAAUCACAGACCAGAAUCUGGCCAAUGAAAUCAUCAAGCACAUAAAAACAUCCAGAAGCCUCCACAUCAUGUGUCACAUACCAGUCUUCUGUUGGAUAUCAGCCACUGUCCUUGAGUCGAUGCUGAAAGAAGCAAAGAAAGAAGAAAUCCCCAAAACUCUGACUCAGAUGUACGAACGCUUCCUGCUCAUCCAAACCAGUAUGAAAAACAAAAAGUACAACAAAUCCACAGAAAUAAAUCCAAAGGAACUGUCUCCGUCCAACAAAGACAUGAUCCUGAAGUUGUCAAAGCUGGCUUUCCAACAGCUUCAGAAGGGCAACCUGAUCUUCUAUGAGGAGGACCUGAGAGAGUGUGGCAUUGAUGUCUCAGAGGCAUCAGAGUACUCAGCACUGUGUACAGAGAUCUUUAAAGAAGAAUCUGGGCUUUACCAAGAGAAGGUCUUUAGCUUUGUUUAUCUGAGCAUUCAGGAGUUCCUAGCAGCAGUACAUGUUCUAGAAUCUUGUCUUAGCAAGGAGGAACAUGUCUUUCCCCCCACUCAGAACCCAGAUUGGUAUUAUAAGCACAUGUUGAGAGCAGGCUGGUUAUCUGUCUUACACUGGAGAGCAGACAGGUUAUAUGACUUACACAGGAGGGCAGUAGACCAAGUCUUGAAGAGUAAGAAUGGACACCUGGACCUGUUCCUCCGCUUCCUUCUGGGUCUCUCACUGAAGUCCAGUCAGAAUCUGUUACAAGGGAUUCUGACACAGACAGGAAGUACAACACUGAGUAAUGAGGAAACAGUUAAGGGAACCGUUAUGUACCUUUCAGAUAUAAUCAAGAAAGAAUCCUCACCAGAAAGGAUCAUCAACUUGUUUCACUGUCUGAAUGAACUUGGUGACAACUCUCUAGUUGAAGACAUUCAGACCUCCCUACGAUCAGGGACUCUUUCAGAAACAGAACUACAACCUCACCAAUGUUCAGCUCUGGCCUACCUGUUACUGAUGUCAGAGGAGGUACUGGAGGAGUUCGACAUGAAGGCAUACAAGACAUCAAAGGAAGGUUAUCGGAGGUUGCUGCCGGUAGUGAAAACCUGUAAGAGAGCAAUGUAAGUUCUGGUAAUGUUUUGAUGUAUACAGUAUUAUUAUGCU